UCACUAACGUUCCAACUGAGUAGCCAAUCAAAUUUUAUAGUUUCAAGUUGAAAAACAAGUACCAACUCAAAAUGAAAACGAUAUUCUGCCUGCUUGCUCUGAUUGUGAUCAGCACCGCAAGUACGAUUCAGAUGCCACCGAGCGACCCGCAGCGAGUAGGAGUCCCACAACCACAUCGGGUGCUGUUCCGAGCAGCACGUGCUGUCGAAAUGCCUGAACCUACGAAGGAAUCAUCCACGGAGCAGAAGGUUGCCGAGAGCGAUACCGAUGAUAUGGAGAAUGCCGAAACCGUUGGAUUUGGAUUCCAUAAACACAUUCAUGUCAGUCCAUCCUACGGUGGCUACUACGGAGGAUACGGCGGAGGAUAUGGCGGCUACUAUGGUGGAUACCAGCCUUACGGGUACAAUUACGGAUAUAACUAUCCGUAUGCGUACAACUAUGGAUAUAACUAUCCGUAUUAUUACUGAAACAUGUUUUUGUGUUGCACAAAAAUUUCA